AUGGCGACUUCUUCUGGGUUUUUCGUGAUGUUCGUCGUCUUCGUCACGGCUCUACUUAUCUCGUCUUCUACCACCAUUGAUGCCAGCGGGGAGUACCAAUUGGGUUGGCUGCCGACGAGAUCGACCUGCCAAGGCUCCAUGGAGGAGUGCAUGGCCGGCGGCAACGAGUUCGAAAUGGAUUCCGAGAUCAACCGCCGCAUUCUAGCAACCAGCCAGUACAUCAGCUACGGAGCCCUGCAGCGCAACACUGUACCCUGCUCCCGACGCGGUGCAUCUUACUACAAUUGCAAACCCGGAGCUCAAGCCAAUCCCUACAACCGAGGUUGCAGCGCCAUCACUCGGUGCCGGAGCUAG